CAUUUUCUUUUUUCGGUAUCUUUUUUGUUUAUUUGAGGAUUCUGGCGGUUUUGUUUGUAUGGUUUGUUUCUUCUUCCCCCUAUUUCCUGUGUACGGCAUGAUGGUUUUUGCCUGAAUUUCUAUGAGUUCCCUUCGUUUCCCCUUCUCCAGUAUCUUACGAGGUUAGUGUCUGUAUCUGGGUAUUCGUGUCGGAGGGGAUUGAAUGUUCGAGGACUUGGGGGGUUUGUACACAUUUAUGCAUUCCUUCAGGCAAAGAUCUGAACUUUGAUCCCUCUCGGGUGAAGAAUUUUGUCAAUUUGAUUCGUUUAUUUGCAUUGGCAUCACCGGAGAUUUGUGGGUUUUAGGUUUGUUUCCCGGUGAAUUUUUUUGGAUCCCAAUGAAGAAAAAACUGACUCUUUUACGCGUGAAUCUCGCCUUUUUUGGCCGUUUCUGUUCUUUGGAACCGCCUUCGUGGUCCUCGAAAGGGAUGAAUAUCCAAACAGAGCUUUUCCAAAGUUCUUAUUUUUCAUGUGGAAAUAUGAAGCGGAUUAGCCCUGCUAUAAAGUUUGGGUUUUUUUUUUCUUGGUCCUCAUCUGGGUUUUUUUUUUUGUUACAGAAAUUAAAUUCUCUUUGAUUUCGAGAGAUUUGCCUCAAAGAAUCUAAUGACACAUGGACUAAAACCACAGGAAAUUUUUAAACCCUCCAUUGAUGGAAUUGAGAAAUCAAGUGAAAUCACUUCAUUUUUCCUCUACUUGAUGUCUUGAUGUAUCACCCUCAUACAAGUGGCGCUGUCUGAAGGUUGUUUGAGAUUUGUUGCCAUGGGAGAUCUUCAGGAGAGGUUGUCAGUCUCUUCCUCAUCGUCCUCGUCAUCAUCUUCCUUGUCAUCGUCGAGAAAACCGCCUGUGGCAGAAUCACUACCGAUAGAUGGGGAAUUAUGGAUGAUUGCUGAGGAUAGGACCUGGGAGAUACUAUGCACCAUCCAGCCAGUUCUUGUUUCUGACAGAAGUAGGAUUGAAAUCAUUGAUUAUGUUCGGAAUCUAAUUAAGGGUCACCAUGGCGUUGAGGUCUUUUCAUUCGGUUCGGUGCCACUGAAAACCUAUCUGCCUGAUGGAGAUAUCGAUCUGACAGUCCUAACUCAUCAAGACAUGGAGGAAAAAUUGGCUGUACAAUUGUGCAGUAUGCUUGAAGGUGAAGAAAAGGGAUCUGAUAUCCAGGAAAUCGAUGAUUUCCAAGCAACGGAUGUUCAGUACAUUCGUGCACAGGUCAAGGUCAUAAAAUGCAAUAUCAAGAACAUAGCCGUGGACAUUUCCUUCAACCAAAUGGCAGGACUCUGCGCUUUAUGCUUCUUGGAGCAGAUUGAUCAAAUUUUUGGAAGAGACCAUCUAUUCAAACGAAGCAUCAUCUUGAUCAAAGCCUGGUGCUAUUAUGAGAGCCGGAUUCUUGGUGCAAACACCGGAUUGAUCUCAACGUAUGCAUUGGCAGUAUUAGUCUUGUACAUCAUCAAUCUAUUCCAUUCGUCCCUAUCUGGCCCUUUAGCGGUCCUGUAUAAGUUCUUAGAUUACUAUGGUUCUUUCGACUGGGACAAUUACUGUGUCAGUGUCAAUGGUCCAGUUCCAAUAUCUUCCCUUCCAGAGAUGAAUGCAGUGUCUCCAGAAAUUAACGGGUGUGAGUUAUUGCUCAAUGAGAAGUUUUUCAGAGAAUGCACUGAAUUAUAUUCUGUUCCGACAAAGGGAGGUUAUGCAAACGGGCAUGAUUUUCCUGUCAAACAUCUUAACGUCGUGGAUCCUCUGAAACAUAGCAACAACCUCGGGCGAAGUGUGACUAAGGGCAAUUUCCAACGUGUAAGACAUGCCUUUUCCUUGGGAGCUCGAAAGCUCAGAGACAUCCUCACACUACCUGUUGAAACAAUGGGCAGCAGACUCGAGAAGUUCUUUGCUAAUUCCUUGGACAGGAACGGUAAGGGCCAAAGGCAGGAUGUUCACAAUCCCGUUACAGCGUUUGGCACUGGAAGAUCAGAACUAUCAGAACUCAGUGGAGACUUCAAUGGUUAUUAUAGAAGUCUUGUAUAUGGACAGUGGUAUCAUGGGUGCGGGUUACCCGGGACAUCUCAACAUAGCUGGAUGCCUUCGACUUCUCAGGUUCAGGACACAAGUGCCUGGGACAUGGUCCAUAGGUAUGUGAACUCCCAAAAGAACGAGUUUUAUCGGAGUGGUCUGAAUGGUUCAAUUCCUCGUCCUCUUGCUUGUCUGCCCACACCGGCUAUCGGCCUCCAAAAUAUGGGAAAAUCCAGAGGAACUGGCACUUAUAUCCCUGACAUGAGUCAGAGCUGGUAUGCUGAUAGGUUCAGAGGCACAAGUACUGGGAACUCAUUAGCUUCAGUUCAGGCUCGUCCACUGCUGAAAUCAUCUGAACGGGUUAAUGGUAAGUUAGAAGCUUCCAUGGUGACAAGAGGUGAUGAGAUUGGUAAUGGCUGCAAUCACAUUCUUGAAGGGUUGGUGUCUCAUUCUGGUAAUAAAGAAGAAUCCUCGAGUUCGGAAUCCUAUGACCUGGAUCAGCCAUUGUUGAAAUUUCCCCGAGCUGGGAAUUCCUUUUCCUCGUCAGGAAGUAGUAUGAAUGGAACUAGUGAGUAUUCCGGUUCGGUAUCUGGAAGGUCUUCACCACUGGAAAAGCUAGUUGAUCCCAUUUCUUCAAGCGCAUCAGCCAUGGGAGACAACAAGGAAGAAGAAAACGGAAGUUCUUGUUGAUCCUUGCUUGGUCUCUAGUUAAGGCUUUGGUCGUUUCUGAUACUUGACCAACAGAAAUAUGACAAGGUUUCUGCAACUUCUAACCAAAUGAGACAGUCCUCUUGAGUAGCUUUGCAGUUGAAUGCUGAAGUAGCAGCUUUUGUAGGAUCCAACAGAUGAUAAUUCAUCAGGAACAGGGCUUCUGUUCAACAACUUUCAUCUGAUUCUGAGAUAUCUCUCUUUGAUUAUUUGGCAAAAUAGGAAAAAUACCAUUAUGUUUCUGACAGUUUCGGUGACAUUGUUUCAGCAAUUUGUCUGGAAAUUUGUCAUAACCCCAACUCUUUUGAACU